AUGGGACCACCCGAUGGGAGAACAACCCCCUACCAACGACCAGCUCCGCUCUUCUGCACCUCUCUUCUCCUCUCCUCGCUUUUGCACUUCCUCUCCUUUUCCGAUCGCGCAUUCGCUCGCGCGUACCUCUUACUUCGCCCGCGAUUCCAAAUCUAUCUCAUCCUGCGUGCUGGGGCAGCCAGGCACGCGACUCUUAUCCUCUUCCCCGAUCAUCGAUCUGUCGCUGAGCAUUCCUAUGCGCACCCACGAGCCCGUGAAAGCCAGUCAUCUAAUCCAGCCUGGGGGAACGAAGCGACAAAACCUCUAAUCCUCUAUCUCCUCGUUGAUCCAUUUACGUAUGCUAGUAACUUAUCAUCGCUACCACCAAAAGCCAGCACUGGCUGGGACCACCUUGCUCUCCUCCCCCGUUCCCGUAUUCACCGGCUACGCUCAGCUGACGAGUCAAAGAGCAUAAGGAGACGCCGGCUGCGUACCGCCGUUGAUCUCACUCUGAUCCGAUGCGAACCAGGUUUUCCUUCUUCCUGUGCACGUACCCUUUCCCGGGAACAGGAUAAGGGACGGAGGGAUUCGCCGGGACCAGAACAUGCUGCUUUCCGCACAGUAAGGCACACGCGUCGUAAAUGGAAGUACCUACAGUACAGCUACCGUACAUCUACAGCUAUCAAAGCUAUAGUUAGUACGACGUGGUACGUGGUUAAGAAGGUGCUGGGAAAUGGAAUAAUAGCGGUAGCUAAUAAGAGAAGGGAAGAGAAGAGAAGAGAAGAGAAGAGAAAGUAUACACGACCAGAGCGCCGAUCCGUGCGUCUCGCUUCUAUUGUUACUUAUACCGGUAGCUCCAUCUUUUCUCGAUCUGUCCGCGCUACCAACGGCGGCGACGAUGACGUUUUCGGCCUUGGGAUUUUAAAGACAAUCCUCGGAAAGCUCUCAGCGACGCUGACUCUCGCAUGCCUUUUCCAACACAACACCAGCUCUCUCUCUCAUCCCACGCACAACCACGGUCGAAAAGGUAAGCAUUCCGCGUUCCUAACAUCUCAUCUCCGCCCAAACAAUCCAAUCCAAUCCAAUCCAAUCCAAUCCGCGCCUCUCUCCGCCCCCCUCCCGCCCCCUCUCCCCUUCUUCCCUUCCAACCACGAUUUGAGCGGUCCUCUAACCCUCCUUCAUAAAAGCCCGUUAUCAAACCAUUCAAAACCAGUAUGA